GGAGGGACGGUGACCUUAUAGCCUCCAGCCUGGCACCAGUACAGGCUUUAACCGGCCGAGCUUGCUGGGGCAAACUCAAACACAGUAGCCAAAGCCUUGACCGUUGUCGCUCCCUGGGUUCGCAUCAGGCUUCUUCUUGUUGUUGUUGUUGUUGUCGUUGCUGUUGUUUCAUUUUCCAGCAGCCAUGAGCAAGGACAAGCAGAGCAGGCAGGUGCCGGAGUGCAGCGGACCUCUCUCCCCAUCCAAAGGCCAGAAACCCCCCAGGAUGCCCAAGUGCUCCCGCUGUAGGAACCACGGCUACGUGUCCCCUCUGAAGGGACACAAGCGCUUCUGCAACUGGAGGGACUGCCAGUGCCCCAAGUGUAAACUGAUAGCCGAGAGGCAGAGAGUCAUGGCGGCCCAGGUCGCCUUGAGGAGGCAGCAGGCUCAGGAGGAGGAGCUUGGGAUUUGUAGUCCGGUGACUCUGUCCGGCCCUGAGGUAAUGGUAAAGAAUGAAGCUGGAGCAGACUGCCUGUUCUCUGUGGAUGGACGCUCCUUGACACCUACCAGCACCUGCAACUCUUCUCUUGCCGUCACAGGGAGUCGCUCCUCAUUGUCCUCCAGCCCGUCGGCCGGUGCCAGGGCUCAUACUGAGGGACCGUCCGACCUGCUGAUGGAAACAUCCUAUUAUAAUUUCUACCAGCCUUCACGCUACCCCACCUACUACGGCAACCUCUACAACUACCAGCAAUACCAGCAGAUGCCCAAUGGUGAUGGCCGCCUGUCCAGCCACAACAUGUCCUCUCAGUACCGCAUGCAUUCGUACUACCCAGCAGCCACCUACUUGACUCAGGGCCUGGGCUCCACCACUUGUGUGCCUCCCCUCUUUAGCCUGGAGGACAACAAUAACAACAACAACAACUGCUCUGAGACCAUGGCAGCCUCCUUCUCACCCGGCAGCAUCCCCACCGGUCACGACCCCACCAUGAGCUGCCGGUCCAUCGGCUCCCUGGUUAACUCUGAUGUCAAGACUGAGUGUGAGGCCGGCAGCGAGGCGGCCAGCUUCACCGUCAUCGACGGCGACGCCACCAAAUAAAGAAGCUGAGGUUUUGACAAAAGCAUUAUGAGAAGAAAAAAAAAAACUUGAUGUUCUUGCAAAACGAUUCCAUAGUUCACUGUUGCUUCAGGUUUCUCUUUUUCUGUCCAAAAAGCACCUUAACCUAUAUUCCAUAGUGAAAUUGAGGUUACAGACUGUUUGUGUGUUUUUAGUUCAUUUUUGACAUCAAAGCUGUUGAAUCUUUUGUUGAAGCCAGUUCACCAACAUAGAAAGCGCUUGGAAAGUUUAAAAAUAACAACAACAUGCAGAUUUUAGAGCAACACUCCUCAGAAUUAGUAAAUCUGGACAAACACUUUUAAAAGUUGACUAAAUUUACAUUAAAUAUGUCUCAGUAAUCAAGACUGGACCAAAUAAUUGAAACUAAACGGUGACUGGUUGUGUAUUCGUAAAGCUGUACACUUGUUUUUUUUUUGUUUUGUUUUUUUUUGCUUUAGAAGGCAACUGUUAAUGCAGAUUUUAUCCAAAAGAUGACGCGACGCAGUAAGCAGAAUAAUGAUACUAAAAUCCUUUCUAGCUCAUAGUAAAUUGACUAGUGUAGUUUUCACGCAGUAUCCGUCGUAAGUGUUUCCAUUGGUAGUGAGUUAGCGGUGACCAGUUAGAUAUCAGUGGACUAUUUUUGACGAUCAGGAUAUAGACUUAGUGUUUGCUAAGAUGGAUUUUUUUAAGCAGACAACCUGGAAUCACUGUUACUGUACAUCUCAAGCACUUAUUGAGAAAAUGUGAAACUUGGCCAAAUGGAGUCAGUGAGGGCCUUAAUUUCUUGUAAUCCCCCCGUUGACAUGCAGCACAUACAACAUUACAUGUAAUAUGUAUUAUUAGCUAAACCAGUAGGGUAAAAAAAAAAGUUGACCCCCAUCAUCCUCGGUAAGCACUGGUGUGGUCCUUUGCCAUUUAAAAGACAUCUAGAAAUCUGGGCUAAAAUUGGACUACACAAAUUAGUUGAUUAAUCGAUCAAUUGAUCAAUCGUUUUAGUCAUUUUUCAAGGAAAAACUGACAAAUGUUCUCUGGUUUCAGCUUCUCUGAUGUGAGGACUUGCUGCUCUGUUUUAUAUCACUGUAAACUAAAUAUCUUUGUAGAUUGUACUAAAGACAUUUGAAGAUUUCACCUUGGACACUGAGAAACCAGGAUGAGCAUUUUUCACAACUUUUUGAUAUUUUAUAGACAAAGCAAUUUAACUGGUUAAUCUAAAAAUAAUAAUCAACAUUAUCUGUCUUAAAACAGCAGUCACUUUUUUCUUGCUUUAAUCAUUGCUCCUGUUCAUACUUUUAAAGAUCCCUUUAUAAUGCACUUUUAAUGGACGGGAUAGUGGGACAAAAUCCACAGUCCUUGUUUCAUGCAAAAAUGUACUCAAAAGUUUAUUUGAGCCUCAUAUGAGGCUUCAGCAGUCUGGGUUAAUCAAAUGAAGAGAAUAAAAUUCCCUCUUUGUGUUUCUCUGUCGAGCUGCAGUGGAAGGAUAGUAACAAAAACUGGAAAUUUGGUACCAAAAAAAAAAAAAAAGCACGCAUCUUUGGAAGAUAUCAACUCAGACUGCGAAAGCCUCGUUAACUUCAGAUAAACUUUGGAAUGGAAAAUUUGCACGAAAAGAGUGCUGUGAAUUCUGUCCUCCGUCACCUACAUUGAAACCAUGGAUCAAUGUAGGAUCCCUUAAUGUCCAGUAUGAACAGGAGGAAUGAUUACAGCAAGAGAAACCUUAAUAUAGACAUACAAUGUUUCAACAGUAUUUAAGUGACUUUCUUGUAGUUCAGUGUGUAGUUAGGACCGGCUUCACUUUGAAAUAUUGUCAUAAAGACGUUGUUGAAACAACAGUGAGGAGUGACUUAGAUUUCAUUAAAAACUAUAGGCCAACAUAUUGAUAUUUCAGAGUUUAAAACUCUGAUAUUAAUACAUCAGAUGUUUUUUAAAGAAUUGUGACCAAGUUUUGAACUGAGCGAUAUUUUAUCAGACACUACAUAAACUGUGUCCUGGUGACACAGUUUCUAAAUUGCCUCAAACAUACAAGCAGACACAAACACCGAUAUGCAUACAUCUGCGAUCGGCUAAUAUUGGCCUGGACGAUUUAUCUGUCUAGCUCCAUUAAAAACGUCCACUUUUUAACCAGUUUAGCCCAGAUUUAUGCCUGGACGUCUUUUUAGCUGCACCAGUGGAAUAUAGUUAUUUCUCCCUGAACAAACGAGACACCGAACAAGAUCAGAUCAUUUUGGAAAAAGGUCAGCUGAUUCUGAAGCCGCUAAAACCGCAGGCACUUCUUCUCUCCCGUCUUCUUUUCCCUGUGUCUCUUUAAACUUGAUGUUUGAAGCCGAGAACAUCUCCGACAGAUUCCCGCAGGACGAUCGCGACUCGAGGGUUGGCGGGGGAGAAAAAAAAAAAAUUCGAGGGGGCAGGUUAGACAUGAAUCAUGUUUCCCUCCGUUGUGGUGGCAUGUGAUGAGCGUCGGCUGCUUAUUUAUGCCACCGAUCCAGCGCCAUCAUUUAUUCCAGAGAAUUUGCAUGUCUAUUGUAUAUUUAACCCCUUCAGUCCCCCUUCAGUUUUGCAAUGCACACGGGUCACUGUUUACAGCUUUUACACACCCUGGUAGAUACAGAUAUAGCAGAGAAUGAGGCGCUGAUAGACCUCAAGCAGUAAACUGAGCAAUUGAUUAGUGGAUCCAGAAAAUGGUAAAUCAUAUAAGGCAUUUCUCAAGCAAAAAUUCUAAACAUUUGUUGUUUACAGCCUAUGAAAUGUCAGGAUUUUCUGCUUUUUCUUAAAUUCAUUAAAUUGAAUAUCUUUGGGUUUGGGACUGUUGAUUGGUUGGACAAAAAAAGCAAUUUGAAGAUGUCACAUUGGGAUCUGGGAAAUUGCACUGGCCAUUUUUCAUCGUCUUCUGUUGCUUUAUAGACCAAAUAACUAAUCCAUUAAUCAGAGAAACAAUCGACAGAUUAAUCGAUAACAAAGAUAAUUGUUGGUUGCAGCCCUAGUUUUUAACAGAUGAAAUACCAGGUAGCAGUGUUGUACAGUAAUAACCCUCCUUUUUCUUUACUUCAUGAACUAAUGAAAAUAAUCCUGUGUUGCCCACUUUUGAGUUGUGUUGUUUAAAUGUUAAUUUAAAAACAACUCAGAGGAGAUUUUUCCAACUUUUCUGCUGUCGCGAAGCCGACUAGUACACUGCCGUACUGUAUGUUGUUUAUGUGUUUUGUGUUUUAUGGAGAUUCGUUUCGAAUUGCAUGCUUUGAAAGUGUUUAUCUGUGUUUGUUUUUGAAUAAGACAGCAACAAAAGUCAUUUGGAGUCUUGGAGUUUAUGUCGCUACAAGUUUUUUGGGAAAUAAAAACGCUCUAAGUGAUGGAGUGUAAAUGUGAUAGUGUGCUGGGAACAACGGUAUAAAACAGACAAAGAAAAUUACUUGUAUUUUCUUUCUGCUGCGCUGUGGGAACAUUCAAUGGAUUCUGCCCCAUCUGUUGUAAUCAAUAACGUGACCAUCUUGUUUUUUUAUGAAACGCACUUACUCUUAAUUUCAUCCACCAGUGGUUUUAGAGAGAAGAAUGUGGAGUUACCUAUAAGGGCUCUGACAUUAUAAAUCACCUCUUGAGACCAGAUU